GCCUUUCAGUGCAGCAAACUAGAAAUAUCUCAGAAUGAACUUUAGCAAAUCUCUUUGUUUUCUUCUUUUCUUAACAUUUUCAUGUGCAUCAUCAUCUGAAUUACCAGAAGAUGAAAAUCCUUCUAAAAAAUUCGUCAAAUGCCUUAACCGUUCCUUUAGGGACAUUUCUGACCUUGUAUACACCCAGCAAAACCCCAACUUCACUCAAACCUUGCUCUCCACCAUCAAUAAUCUGCGAUUCGCGGAGCCUGAUACGCCUAAGCCUCUGGUCAUUGUCACACCAGUGAGUGAACCACAGAUCCAAACCGUGAUUUUCUGCUGCAAGAAACAUGAUUUGCAGAUGAGAAUUCGGAGUGGUGGGCAUAGUUUUGAGGGCCUUUCUUAUGUUUCGAAUGUCCCUUUUGUAGUACUUGAUCUAGUAAAAUUGAAAACUUUCAGUUUUGAUGCUGCAACGGAGACUGCAUGGAUUGGUUCUGGCUUAACAAUUGGAGAACUAUACUACAAUAUUGCGCAACAGAGUGAUGUGCUUGGAUUUCCUUCGGGUUUAUGGGGGAGUGUGGGAAUAGGAGGAAUUAUAAGUGGAGGGGGCUAUGGCAUGAUGAAACGAAAAUACGGGCUGGCUGCAGAUAACGUGGAAGAUGCACGAUUAAUCGAUGCCAGUGGCAGAAUUUUGAUUAGGCAGGCCAUGGGGGAAGAUUUGUUUUGGGCUAUUAGAGGAGGUGGUGGUGGUAGCUUUGGAGUUGUUACUUCCUGGAAAGUGAAACUAGUUCCGGUUCCAAGAAAUGUGACAGUUUUCAGAGUUUUCAGAACUCUGGAACAAAAUUUAACAAAUAUUUUUCAUCGAUACCAGUCUGUUGCACCUAAAUUCCCCAAAGAACUGGACAUCAGGACAGAUGGACAGAGUAUACUGAGUGCUGCAAGCCCUCGUUCAGAUAACAGAACAAUGAUCUUCCGAUUUGAGUCAUUGUACCUAGGCGGGAUUGAAAGCAUGCUUUCCACAACGACACAAUUCUUUCCUGAGCUUGGAUUAGUUAGACAAGAUUGUUUCGAAGUGAAGUGGAUCCAGGCCAUGUUGUACUUCUCAAAUUUUGAGCUAAACACUCCACCUGAAAUUUUUCUCAACCCAAGCGUUCUGCUUCGGAUAAAUCAUAAAUCAAGAAACGACCUCGUCAGAGCACCGAUCCCUGUACAAGGACUAGAGGGUCUGUGGGAGAUCAUGCACGAGAUGCCACCACAACAAGCAGGUGUACAGUUCACAUCCUACGGUGGAAGAAUGGAUGAGAUUUCGGAGUCUGCUCUUCCGUUUCCUUACAGAAAUGGAUCGCUCUACGAGUUUAACAUGUUUGUACUAACUGAUACGGAUGAAGCUGCAAGAAUGGAAUGGAUUAGAAGUUUGGGAGCAUAUUUGACUCCUUACGUUAGCCAAAAUCCCAGGGGUUCGUAUGUUAAUUAUGUGGACCUAUGGCUGGGAACUAAUAAUCUCAAUGGCACUACAAGCUACGCACAGGCGAGUAGAUGGGGAAAACGCUACUUCAAUAACAAUUUUGACAGGUUGGUUAUGAUCAAGACUGUGGUGGAUCCUGGUAACUUCUUUAGACAUGAACAGAGUAUUCCUGUGACCUCUGUAUAACUAGCAUCGACAUGUUCGUUCUUGUACUUUGUUUUCUUGUUCUCAAAUAAAUGAUUUAUAUUGUCUAUGAAAA